CAGCUCUGGCUGAGUGUGUGUGUGUGUGAGUGUGUGUGAGUGUGAGUGUGUGUUUGAUCGGACUCAUGUGUGUUGAACGGGCUCAUCUAAUGCUGCUGCUCGCCGCCUCAGGCUGGUGGUGUGUGUCCGGUAUCCGUGUGUUCACGGCAGGGGAUGUGAAGGCCGUUAACGGGACGGACGUGCGUCUCAAAUGCACCUUUCAGAGCUCAAAUGCGGUCCAAGUGUCGAGCGUCACGGUGUCCUGGAGCUUCAAACCGCUCGGUGGGGGACAGCAGGAGACGGUGUUUUAUUAUCAGGAGAAGCCGUUUCCUCCUACAGAGGGCCGCUUCAGGAGGAAGGUGGAUUGGGCCGGAGACAUCAGCGGCCGCGACGCGUCUGUAGUGCUGCGCAAAGUGCCGUUUACUUUCAACGGGACGUUCAGCUGUCAGGUGAAGAACCCGCCGGAUGUGCACGGUAACGUCGGUGAGGUGCGGCUGCAGGUCGUCAGCACAGCCUCCCUGUCUGAGCUAGUGAUUCUCUGUGUGGCCAUUGGAGGCGCCGUUCUGCUGAUUCUCCUGCUGGUGAUGAUCGUGGUGUCUGUGCGCCGCUGUCGCAGACGGAGGAACCCGCAACCAAACCACACCAUCCUCCGACAGGAGCAGAAGGACCUGACGGGCUGGUGAUGAGACUGACGGAGAACCUGGAACAACUGCGUUUGCAGUGGAGAUCAAACACACACACACACACGUUUUAUGGGGACAUUCCAUAGACAUAAUAGUUUUUAUACUGUACAAACUGUAUUUUCUAUCGCCCUACACCGAAACCUAGCCCUCACAGGAGACUGUGGACACUUUUACUUUUUCAAAAAAACUCAUUCUGCAUGAUUUAUAAGCCUGUUUCCUCAUGGGGACCUAAAAAAUGUCCCCACAAGGAUAGUAAUAAAAAUGUUGACCUUGUAGGGACAUUUGGUCCCCAUAAUGUGAUAAAUACCAGGUACACACACACUCCAGCAAAUCCAAAAAGACGGUCAGCAAACGCACCAGCAGCUACUAAUCAAACAGGUUUCUGUGAUUUUCAGACCUUUUUUGGAGUUGAUGUGCCUUCGUCUGUCAGUCAGACUCAUUAGUCCUGCUGUUGAUCAAGCCGACUCGCUGAGUUUUAGGAUGACGAAUCCUCAUCACGACUCCUGCACAGAAACCUGACCUUACAUUCUCUUCAGAACAUGGACAGAUCUUGUAGUUUUGCGUGUGUAAUGAAGACGUCUGAAUGUUUCAGGAACGGUGUGUGUUUCUCUCUUCAGGCUCUACCUGGUAACCGGCAGACCUUGGUUGCUAUGGUUAUUAGGGUCUCUAUUCGCCGUCCUGUAGCUCUCUUCACCUCAUUUUACACUGCUAUUGCACAUGAUGAUGAUGAUGAUGAAGAACAGAUAUGACUGAAGAAAGGCACUGCAGUCGUUAAUCUGAUGAUUUUGCCCAUUUUAAGAUGAUCAGCAUCAGCCAAUAAGUGUCGAAUGAUUAACAGUGAUAUUACCUUCAUACAUCAGCACUAUAAACGACUGACAGGUUUGAUUGACGUGUGAAAACACAUUUACAUCACAUUUCAUCUGAAAGAAACUAUAUGUAUAUUGCAUUAAAUAUCAGUAUAUUUUCAUGACAAUUAAGCACAUUCACAUUCUAAACUAUUUACUGUAAUGCAUCUUCCCUUUAAAACUAAUUUCUUUCAAGAGUGAUUUUUUAAACUUAUUUUUAGUACAUACAAUUUAUAAAAAUAUAUCGAUUGGUGAGAUGUGUAUUGAAUUUUGUGAGCUGCAAUAGUUCAGCACGGGACAUUCAACACUUUCUGGUUCAGCAUUACUAAAAAUAAAACAUGCAGCUUAGAUAUUCUUUUACUUUAACUGAAAACAGAAAACAUUGUUCUGUUUAGGAAGAUGAAAUUUAACAUGACCAUGUGAAUGUGAAAGCACACGAGGUUUUAUUGUGUAACUUCAUGUUAUUUGCGAUUCUUUUAAACCGCUACAUUUACAGAGUGUGACUGAAAUAAACUUAAAAAUACACCGCAA